AUGAAAGAUAAAGAAAACUGGGUAAACAUUUAUGUUUACAAAUACCCUCAUUUUGGGAAUCGCACAUCCAAUCGUGCAGAGAGUGCCCAUGCUUCUCUUAAACAUUCUCUUGGAACUUCCUCCGGAAAACUUAAUACUGUUACUCUCAAAGUAAAUAAGUGGUAUGAAGAGUUGAUUGCUUAUCAUAAGCAUAGACUAAUGGUCGAGUGUCUUGGAGAGAGCACAACAAUUGUGUUUGACAAAACCAAUGCUGCCAGACUAGAUGACAUUCGUCUUAAAAUUGGUCGGCGCUGGAGAAGAGAAUACUUGAAAGGAGAAGACCAUACAAAAAUCAAAAAUGCAGUAUCAAUUCCCGAAGACAUCAAUACCAUAACAACAAUAACCCCUGAACUUGCCCACGAUCUUCUGCAACUCUGUGAAGGUUUCAACAACUCACAGAGUAAACAACUACAAAUUGAUAUUCAACUAUCAAUCAAAAAAAUGGUAACUCAAAUCAACCAGCAGUAA